CGCGCCGCUGCUGUUUGCGCGCUCCCGUUACCGCGUCCGCCAUUUUAACUCAAAUAAACAUGUCAAAAGAGCUUAUUUUGCUCUCCUAACCCAGGACUUCAGAUCUGGAAUUAUCUCUGUGUGUGUGUGUGUGUGUGUGAGUGUGUGUAUGUGUGUGUGAGUGUGUGUGUGUGGAGGACAGGUGUGAUUAUUAAACGUGAGACCAUCCGAGCUGCUGAAUCGGACAGCUUUACACGGACUGCUGAGGCAUUAAAGGUGUGUGCUGUGAUGUAACGUGAUAAACUUUAUAAAGCCGGUCAGGUCGUCUGACUCCACGGUGUUGGACACUGAUGAGUGUGUGUUGGACUCUGUGCUUUAUCUAAAGAAAAACACACACACACACACACACACACACUGACUGAAGUCCCGGUGCGAGGCCGCAGUCAUGUUCUGGAAGUUUGACCUCCACACGGCGUCUCAGGUGGAGAAGCUGCUGGAGAAGGAAGACGUGACGCUGAAGGAGCUGCUGGAUGAAGACGACGUGCUGCAGGAGUGUAAGGCUCAGAACCAGCGCCUCCUCCUCUUCCUCACUCAGGACAGCAGCUUACAGGAGCUCAUCAGCCUCAUCACACACGAGCCCCCUAGUGACCGCGAGGAGAAACUGCGCUACAAGUACGCCAACACGGCGUGUGAGCUGCUCACGUGUGACGUUUCGGUCAUUAACGAUAAAGUGGGCGGAGACGACUCUCUCCUGAACACGCUUUACAGCUUCCUGGAGCAAGAUCCGCCUCUUAACCCGCUCCUCGCCUCCUUCUUCAGCAAAACCUUCGGCAAUCUGAUCAGCCGGAAAACUGAGCAGACGAUCAGUUUCCUGAGGAAGAAGGAGGGAUUUAUAGCGUUGGUGUUGAAGCACAUGGACGCGUCGGCCAUGAUGGACCUCCUGCUGCGUCUUAUCAGCUGCGUGGAACCGGUUCAGCUCCGACACGACGUCCUCACCUGGCUGGAUGAAGAGAAGUUAAUCCAGAGACUGACUGAGUUAAUUCAACCUCACACUGAUAACGAGAGGCAGUCAAAUGCGUCUCAGGCUCUGUGUGACAUCAUCCGCAUGGGUCGUGAUCAGGCCGGACUGCAGGAGCUGUCAGAUCCCGACCCCCUGCUCACCACACUGGAGCUACAGCAGAGUGUGGAAUCUCUGUUGAAGAACAUGUUUGAGGGAGAGAAGAGUGAAGUCUGCAUCGUUAACGGGACUCAGGUUUUACUUGCUUUAUUGGAGACUCGCAAAUCAGGGGUGGAGCUGAUAGAUCCGGGAGCUCAGGCUCUGGAUCAGUCGUAUUCUGUAAACAACAGCAUCUUACUGGGCAUCGAGCCGCAUCUGAAGCACUACCGCCAUCUGCUGCUCGAACCACCUAAGAAGUGCAGCAUGUUGACGACUCUCGGGGUUCUGGAGGAGCCGUUCGGGAACGCUCGACUUCACGCCUGCAGGCUGAUGGCCGCUCUGCUCUACACCCGCGCUCCCAGAAUGCACCAGGAGCUCUGCCGACUCGACAUGAUCAACCUGCUCCUGGAUCUGUUUUUCAAAUUCACCUGGAACAAUUUCCUCCAUGUUCAAGUGGAGCAGUGUGUGUCGGCCAUCCUCAAUCAGACGGCACCGGACGGGUCGGUGGAGGACAGUCCAGAGCCGAAACGACCCGAACACACACACACGGACACGGCACACACUCCUCACGGAGACGCAGCGAUGUUCUCACACCAAGAUCUAAUCACGCAUCUGUUUCAGACCUGCAGAUUGGUACAGCGGAUUCUCGACGCUUGGGAGGAGAACGACAGAACACAGUCCGAGGGUGGCAUGAGGAGGGGCUAUAUGGGGCAUCUGACCCGAAUAGCGAAUGCGGUGGUACAGAGUGUGGAGAAAGGAGCUGCACAGGGUCACAUCACACAGCUUAUAAACGGUCUGCCCGGGGAUUACGGAGGACGUUGGCAGAAAUUUGUGGACGAAACGUUAGCAGAGACUAACAAGAAAAACGCAGUGGAUCUGGUCUUUUCUGAUUACCAGAUCCAGCAGAUGACAGCCAACUUUGUUGACCAGUUUGGAUUCAAUGAUGAUGAGUUUGGAGAACACGAUGACGGCAUCAAUGCAGCGUUUAAUCGCAUCGGAGGAAUCAAGUGUAAUCUGGUGGAUGAAGGCCCGAGCGCAGGAGCGUUUCAGGCCUGCACUAAGGGGAAAAUCCGUCCGUUUGAUGAUGCGGAUGAGGAGGAGGACAUCUGGGAGGACAAAGAAAUCAACUAUGCAACACAAGUAAAAUCUAGAACCAGGUUCGGCGUGACGUCGACCCUGAAGAGCGACGUGGAGGGCGGGGCUCUGAGGCGUUUGGGGUCACCUGAUCUGGAGUGUUUUCCGGACUGCAAACAGAUUCUGGACAACAGCAGGAGCGAAGACGCAGACAAGGACAGCAGCCUUCCACAGAGUCCAGGUUGGGUGGCGAGUUUUGAGGAUGAUUUUAACUUUAAGGCAGACUUUGCGGGCGUGGCCAUCGACAGCGGAUCAGGAGUGUGGGGCAGCACCACGGCGCCGCUAAACGACAGCGAGGAUAAAGGCUGGGCCACGUUUACCGACUUCCAACCUUUCUGCUGCUCAGACUCCGGAGCUCGCUGCAGCUCUCCUGUCGACUCGGAGAACUCGGAAAAACAGAACCAAGAUCAAGACGUGAGAGGCUCGGCGGCGUGUGUGUGGAGUGUGUGUGGAGCGAGGAAAGCUCCUCUGGUGGCGUCGGACAGCAGCUCCAGCGGCUCGGACAGCGAGGAUGAGGAGGAGAGGAGUGACGCCGCCGGCAACAAGGAGAACGCUCCUGUCACUACAGACGGCAAAAACGAGAAAACACUCUUCAGCCGCGAUGCGGAUGCUAAAUCGUCGGGUGUCGUGGCCGAACCUCCUCCAGCGUCGGAGCAGAAAACGGACUGAAGGGAAAACUCGAGCGUUAAUGGUCCAGUGAAAACGCUCUCGGAGUCUCCUACCAGUGUUUGUGACAUCAUCACUGCCCCGCCCACAACAACAACAACAACAACAACAACAACAACAACAACAACAACAACAUUCGUUUCCAUUGAGCGUGUGAAAGUUAUAAUUCAGGAUGGAAAGACACCGCAGUGUUUCUUCUCUUUCUCAUGAAUGCAGCUGUGAUUAGUAGAGAAGCAGGCUGUGGCACUGAGGUGUAAUAAUGCGGAUUACAGCAGUUAUAAAUGUACAUAAACAUAAGUACAGCUGAAAUCUACAGUUAGCGUGGCUUUAUCUUACGGCUACGUACGCUGGCUCUUUAUAACACAUUAACACACAUUGCAUUACCUCCAUGAAGCAUAAAGCAACACUGCAGUCUCUAUGACAAGCUUAUGACGUGUCAUAAGAGUGACAUUAGAGUUUAUAGUUACAGUCCACUCAAAACUGUUGUACGUGUCAUUUUUAUACUUAUUUUGCAAGUUAUGAGCACAUUUAUGAAGCUUUAGGUCAUUUUUCUAUAAAUCUAUCCUCGUCGUUUCUAUUGGUUCAGCCGAGGUACGGAACCGUGCGAAGGAAGUUCUGUGAAGAGACGAUUACAGAGAACGAGGAGGGCCUUAAAAUGUGAAGAGUAAACAGUAACGCGGAGAAUUUUUUAAAACGCUUAGAUGAUAAUAAAUGACAAUUACGUAAUUAUUUAGGAACAAAGAGUGUAAAUUUGGAAACAAAUCAAAAUGAUAAUUAACUAAUUAAAAAAAAUCAUAUUGAAACUUUGUGUUUGAUUUUUGACUUUUUAUUUUUCAAUUAUUCUUUUUACUUAUUUUACUUUCAUAUUUAUUUUGCAUUAUUCUUAAAUUUUUAAUGUGUGCACUAACCAUAGAAAAAAAAUUGGCCCUGAUUAUGAUUUAACGAUUUAAUGAUUUUCUUUCCUUCGUAACAAAUUAUGAUUUGUAUUUUUUUUUUUCCUGAUUCAGUUUCUUUUCUUUUCAAAUUCAUGGCCCUCUUCGUCCUCCAUAGAGGUAGAAUAAGUAAAUAAAUAACUAAAUAAAUUUCAAUGAAUUUGUUAAUAAAUUAAUAAAUAGAUAAAUAAAUAAAUAAAUAAAUAGAUAAGUUAAUUAAAUAAUAAAACUAUUUUAAAUAAAUGUAGUGUCUAAAAAAGAAAAGUGUUUAGGAAUAACUAUAAUUAUAGCAAUAAUUUGAAAUUAUAAUUAUCAAAAAUACUUUUUUUUCUCUAAUGUUUCAUCUACAAGCUUAGAAGAUGUAUAACCUUUAAGGGUUCUCCUGUAGUCCCUCUGAGAGAACCCUUAAAGGUUCUGUGUAGAACCCUACAACAAAGUGUUUCAUUUGAAGAGCAUCAAACUUCCAUUUCCAUAAAUGAAAGAAAUUAAUAUAAAUUUAAAUCAUAAAAAAUUAAAUAAAUACACUUUCAGUGAAGUAAGAUGACUGUGGAUGCUUUAUAGAGCAGUUAUAAGACUUUAUGAAUGUGCAUUAAUAAAGACAAAGUAAUAACUUGCAAGAUAAGAAUAAAAAUGUAAAUAAAAAUCACUCGUAAUAAAAACUACGGUUCUUUUCUGUCAGUCAUGCGUUCGAAAUAAAACACAUGCAGUGCUUAUGAACGUGUUAUGAAGAUCCAAUGUAGGUAGCCUUUAAAUAAAUGAAUGUGCAAUAAGGUCUUAUUGUGUAGCUGUGUUAAUUAUUCCUGUGUGUGUGUGUGUGUGUGUGUGUGUGUGUGUGUAUUGUGUCAUUGGGCCUCUGUGAUUACUUUUAAUUUUGAUUUAUUUUCUAUCCAAGUCUCUGUCUUUCUCAGACCGCUGCGUCAUAAGCCUGACAUAACCACGCCAUAAGCGCAUCGUAGAACAUGUCCUAGUUUACAUACAGUGACGUAACUGAACUGAGAGCAUGCCCGUCUCUCAUUGGCUGGAAAGUGUCAUGUGAUGUGUGUGUGUGUGUGUGGGUGGG